CCCCCUAACCGGAAGUUUCGGUUCAUUCAGCGCAGCCAGUUUUUACUUCCUACCUACAACUUCAAGAUGUCCAAGUUCAAAACAGUCAUUUGGCCUAAAGUGAUUUUAUUUGGAGACUCCAUCACGCAGUUUUCGUUUCAAGCCAAUGGUUGGGGUGCAGACAUUGCCAACAAACUAGCGAGAAAGUGUGAUGUAGUAAACAGAGGGCUGUCUGGCUACAACUCCAGAUGGGCCAAGAUCAUUCUUCCUCGCCUCAUCAGCAGCCACAGCUCUGCAGACAACAACAACAACAUAGCUGCUGUCACUGUCUUCUUUGGAGCCAACGACUGUGCACUGGAAGAUAAAAACCCCCAACAGCACGUCCCCGUACAAGAGUAUUCGGAGAACCUGAAGGAGAUCAGCCGGCUGCUGACUUCAUCUGGAGUGUCAGCAGACAGAGUGAUCUUCAUCACCCCUCCACCUGUUCAUGAGGCGGCCUGGGAGAAGGAAUGCAUUUUAAAAGGAUGUCCUCUCAAUCGGCACAACUCUGCAGCGGGGCAGUACGCCCAAGCGUGUGUCCAGGCUGCUGGUCAGUGUGGUGCAGACGUCCUAGACCUGUGGACACUAAUGCAGAAAGAUGGACAGGACUACACAGUCUACCUGUCCGACGGGCUGCACCUCUCAGCGAGGGGAAACCAGUUUGUAGCUCAGCACCUGUGGGGACUUCUGGAGAGCCGCGUGGCCGACCUGCCCUUCAUCCUGCCCUACUGGGGAGACGUCGACGCCAAGGACCCAGAGAGCAGCCUCCUCUGUGACCAGUGAAGACACCAGAGAACAUUGUACAGGGACCAAAACACUCAGCGUUCAUGCGUUGCACUAAACUGAAAACGGACACUGAUGCAGCUGUGAUUUGUAUAUGUCGAAUGCAAGAGCAUGUCUUAAUGUGUAAAAUACACAAUAAAGAUUUUUAUUUUGAGAUGUGUGAGACGUAAUACAAGGAAGAAACUAAAAAAAAAAAAGGAAGGAACUCAUAAGUGGACAUUUAUACGCAGAGAAACAUGAAUA